UGAGCUUGACAUGGGAAAGGUGUCUAAACAACAGUUCCAGUAAGGAUUGUUGUCAUAGCAUCAGUAGGUGGUUGUUCUCCUUUUAAAGUAUUUCUUCACAUUGUAACAGUGAUUCCAGGAAGGAUAUUACUCACAUCAACAGUAACUGGUCUGUGUUUGCAGAGUGAUAAUGCAUCCAGGACCACUGUUUGAUAUUUCCAAUGGCUACACAGAAGAACAUUGGAAGUGGGAUGCUGACACCAAGUCUCCAGCAGCACAGCUGUCAUCAUGUCAGCAGGUGGUCUGCUUCCAUACUGACCCUGUCACAGAGAGUGAGGGAACCGCUGGAGUCAGAGGCACAAAAGGUUUUACUCAAGGAGAGCAUUACUGGGAAAUUAUAUUCGUAGAACCUCCAUAUGGAGUUUCUGUAAUGACAGGCAUCGGCACAAAGAAGGCACCACUGCAUGCAGGAAACCAUCAGUACAUUAAUAUGCUAGGGAUGGAUUGUGAAGGAUGGGGUUUCUCGUAUAAAGGCACUAUCUGGCAUGCAGGACAGCAGAGAAAGUAUACCAAACCGUUUUAUGACAAAAUGACAGUCAUUGGAGUACAUCUAAAUCUGUAUCAAGGAACACUAACCUUCUACCAAAAUGGAAAAAAUCUGGGUGUUGCCUUCACCAACCUGGACAAGAUCAGAGAGCCACUGUACCCUAUUGUCUGCUCUACAGCACCAGAAACAGAGCUUCAGUUGGGAGUACGUCGCUGCCGUUUCAUCUCCCUACGGGAACAAUGUCUUUACACCAUCUUACAGAAUCUGGAAGACAAAAUUAACAUUGACAACCUUCCACUGCCUGUAACGAUCAGAGGACAACUGAAGGAAUUCUAAACACUCUGGACAGCCAUUCUGUACACAGAUGUGUCAUGGGAAAAACAUUGGUUGAAAGGAUGGUGACUGAAAAACAUCUGAGAUUAAACACGAAGUUUUAAGUACUGUUAUGGAUAAUUUUUUAACUACUCAUGCUUCACUAAGCGUGAAUAAAAUCUUUAAGCAGCCAGACUGUUAAAAUAGUAGUUUUCACCUAUUUCAGCUGCAGCAAGAAAAAAAAAAUCAGCAUGUAUACAAAUGGAAGUGGAUGUGGAGACAUAGAGCUAAUGGUACAUCAAAUGUUCCAGAGCAGUCAAAGCUGAAGCAUUAGUGAAGAAAAAUAUUCUGGGUCCUGUCAAAGGAAAAAGACCGAAAAGCAAAAAUACUGUCUGGUAUUUGUUUAGUAUAUCCAUGUAGCAGCUGAACAUGCAGAAGCAUGUGUGCAUAUCCUAUGGGAUACAAAGGGUCAGUAGACUGUAAAUAAAUCCAUCUGUGUCUGAACAUUAAAGUACUGUCUAUUAUAUGCUGGUAAAUCAGAUUAAGGCUUGACUGGAAUUUUGCCAAGGAUACUGCUUGCUGAUUUCCUUAUAUUUGUGGAGAACUGAAGUACUGAAUGACAGCGUAUAUCAUUAUGUUUUACUCUACACUAUUUUCAUGUCUUUUAUGUAUCCAACUUUGGUCACCUUGGUGCAGUACAUAGAAUAUGGUGUGUCACAUUGUCAUUUUCCUAACGUUUUUUGGGGACUUGCUUAGAAAAGCUAAUAAUCCAUAAACCACAGGAUGCCUUCUGUUACACAUCAGCAUAUCUACCUCAACCAGCUCUUUCACACUGAUAAUGUAAAUUUGUUAAGGAAUAAAGAUUAGUUAUUUUCACAAGGUUUCUCCCACAGGGCAUGCAGUAAGAGAUAAUUUCUGAAAAUCCUAGGGUUUAGGAUAGCAGGAGUCUUCAUGAAUAGUAGACAGACUUCAUGACAGGCUGGGAGGGUGAACUGGUUGCCAUUAAGGAGAAUAAUGCACAAGGAUUGAUUGUAUUACCUCAUAGAUUCCUCAGGAACCUGGUUAGUGUGUUAGUGGAUCCCCCGAUAAGAGAUCUUCAACAAAUCACUGGCCAGUGCAAAAGCGCCUAAGGACCAGAGUAUAGCAAGUGUGAUAUCGUUUACAAUGAAGGGAGUAGGAAAAUUUGGGGGGUUACAUUUACCUGGGAGUGGACAGUUUCCCUCCAUGUUGGCAGGUUGCCUCCUAGAUUCUAUCAGUGCAGUUCGGCAAGACAUUUUGGUGAGCUAUCAUUUCACCAAACCAUUCUAAAAACCUAGGUAUGUCAAAUUAAAACACCUGUUCUGGUCUACUGCUGUAAUUACUUUUAAAUAAGGGCCAGGUUUCAGGAAACCUUUGUUUAUAUAAUGUCUGUAGUAUCAAUUCUUGUGCUUAAUCUCAUUCAUAAUUGUUAAAUCUAACCAAGAGGCAUUAUUUCUAGGUUUUAAAGUCACUCUAUACAGAAGAGCCAAAUUCUUGGUGAUUUGCCUUAGUGGGGUGUUAAAAACAGCCAUCUUUUCUUUAACAGUUUCAGUAUACUAAACACAGUCCAAUCAUAGGUUGCUAACUCAUUAAAGUUUACUUGAUAAGGCAUUUAAACGAUUUUCCUGUAUAUGUAGUGACUUUACCCUGGGAUUUUAAAAAAUAGAAUUUCUAAGCCUGGUAAAUGGUCACGAGUAAUGUAAAAUAAGACAACACACAUGCAUCUUUUAACUAGUUCUCACCCCAAGAAUGAAAUUUAAGUAGAUUUUGAACUUCAUGGGUUUUGUAACACACUUCUGUAAUUCCACUCUGUGUAAUAAUUUUGAACAAUUAACAUACAAACGUCUGUACCUUUACAGCUAUAGUCAGCUAAGCCACAUGUUUCUUGGAACUCUGGCUGUGCACUUAGUAAAACACAUUUUUACAUAAACUCUAUGCAGUUAAAAGUUUCACGUUGAAAAUUCAUAACAUUUUUAAGGUAAACUCCAAGAACAUAAUUUCUGUUAAAGUGAGAACUUUGAAACACUAUCAGUCUUGGUUUGGAGGAUAGUUUUAUGACCUACAAGACGAUACCUUUAUGCACAGUCAUGAGGACCAGCCUGUCUCUUUUACUGAUUUGCCUCUGCUAGAAGUGAUGGGAAAAUAGCUUCCUAACAUGCAGUGAAUGAAACACUCCUACCAGGGAUUCUGGUUUGGCUAGAGCUCAGUUGUGAUUUUAGGCUCAGUAAAGUUGUUACCAUUCUAACUAUAUCUGUAAAAUAUUCCAUUGUGCAGUAAAAUCAGUGAGCAGAUGCUUAAUAUGCAAAGCUUGAAGGCAAUAACCCUUGCUCUUGUCAAUGAUUAGCAAAACUUCUGUGAGCCUGAAAUCUUUUCCUUUGCAGUACAGCUGUGGGUGGAUUUACAGUACCAUUUCAAAUGCAUUUUAGUUUUUCUUAGAGGAAAAAGAACUUUAUCUUUAAAAGGUGGCUUUUGUACUUCUAAUAGCACAGAACUACAGCUGAGUGGUCUCCAUCUUUGACUAGAGUCUCUAAUCUGUCAGUUUAAGCACAUUUCAAUUAAAAUAACGAAUAAAUACGAAGAGAAUGGAGGAUGUUUCAAGCAGCAAUCCUCCAUUCAGAGGGCCAAAGUACAUUAUUUUACUCAAAAUGAGAUUAUUAGUGGAGACAUUAACCUUUCUUUACUUCAGCUGAGCGAUGAUAACGUUAGUAGGACUUAAUAAAAUACUUGCCUAAAUAAUGGCAGAUAUUUACAAUGCUCUCAGUUAAUAGUUUUGGAAGAAAUACAGCUCACAAACCUCACAGAAUGUACAUUCUGCAAGAGAGAUUCCACACAUAGAGCACAUCACUCUGAAGAUUCAGACAGUAAUUACAGAAUAUUUUCAUCAUUUGUGUUGGAGUAUUUAAGAUUGUGUUGCCAAGAGUACAACAAAAUGAUUGUUGAAUUCCUGACUUUUCAGAAAACUUGGAGCUUAUAUUCACUCAGUUCAGUACAAGGUAUGUCUUGGUCACUAAACUACUGAGUAUUUUGUUCUGAAAAUGAUUUUAUGAACGGAUUACAUUCUAAUACUGCUGUGAAUCAUGUGACCCACAAGUGUGGAAAUGAUCACCUACCUACAUUUAGAUUUCUGUCACAAAAGAAAUCCUGCAACUGUAUAUAUUUUGUACUUGAAAGUUAUGACUGAAUUUUUAGUAUUGAUUAUAAACUGUUAGCUUUUAUUUGUCACUUAAAUUUUAAGUCUCUGUAAGGAUCAGUGAUUAUACAUCUCUUCCUCAAUCAGUCUACCAUAGGUACCAAUGUUUACUGUGAAAGGUUCUCCUUCCCCUAGUUUCACUGGGUAUCUUAAACGUUUGUUCAGUCUGACCACUAGUUAUGGAUACUGAAAUAUGUUUAUAUCAAUGGAUUUUAUCAAGGCUUAUUGGUCUGACAAUCAGAAGGCUUGCUGCAUGUUCUCAGCCUGACUAGGAGGUUAUGUUAUAUUGCAACUGUGAAUAUCUGUGAUUUUAGCUUUUGACUGUAUUUUGCAGUUCUU